AUGCGUCCACAGGUUCGUAACUUAGCUGCAAAGCAUUCUCGCCGGGCUAAAAAGCUUAUGCUUAUGAUUUCUACGGUAAUGUUCUUCCUUUUCCUCCUCCACCUCCUUCCUUCUAUCAAAGUUCAGGCAUGGUCAUCAGAUGACGAGGUAUAUUUUGGCUGGCCAUUUCCUCUAUAUAAGGAGAUGAAUGAAACACACCGGGCCUUUGUGCUCAGAGGUCCACCCCAUCCAGUGCGCCGAUACUCGCCAGAGUAUAAACGCGUAGCUUGUUGGCAAAACGAUGGCGUGUGGAUUGCCAAACUAAGCCCUAUUGAAAUGGCUCAUUUAGAAGUCAAUCCCUUCCACAACGUUUCUAGGUCAAUGAAUCAGGCUGAUGAAGACGACUUCUGUGCCCGUCUUCGUACCUACGGUGCUAGCUUCUGGGACAUAGAACCUAGCAUUUCUCCUUAUCCGGUGCGAAGUUGCCACUAUCUUGACUGUUACAGAAAUGAGCCAAAGAUUAAUGUAGAUUUAAAGUUAGGGUUCCCACCUAGUGGUGGUGCAUGGGUACUAAAGGUAGGUGAGAAUGGGCUGGAUUAUCAGACUGUUGCCAACUCAGGACUCGACUAUGCUCUGACAAUGGAGGAUAGAUGCCUGGUACUAAAGGAUUUAGGAGCAAAAUUCUGUAGUUCCUUAGCAGCCUGUUCAGAGACAGCUUCGUUCUUGACUGAACCAGCUAUUCUUUUAGAGGAGGUUAAUGCUUUGGAGCGUCCAAAGGAUCUGACUCUAUAUGACCUAGCAUAA